GGUUGCUGUCUUGGGACGUGUCAGAUUGUCAUAUUGAUCUUGAAGAUGAACUUAAUACAAUUACACAACAUGCACCUGAGGGAGAGGAAGCAAGAUACGGCGAACGGCUUAUACAAUAUGCAAGUGAAAAUUUAGUUACUGAAAUAUUAAUUCAUCCCCAAUAUAAUACUCUUAUACAAUGUAUGAGAAAUUUAUUGAGUAGUUUUACACGACACAGACAUAUAAUACAUUCUGGCUAUACUUUUUCUGGAAAUGGUUCAUGGAUAUUGCAGGAUGCAACUUUUUCUAUGGCUGAUUUUGCUGAAGCCUUUCAAGAACAUGAAGUUCAACGAGUUCUCCGAGCUUAUCCCGAUACAAUCACGAUGAAUAUUCAUUGUGCUGAUGUAGGAUUAUGGUCUGUUUUGCCAGAUAAACCAUACACAAAAUUAUGUAAAAUUCGUAUCAAUCCGACUGAUGUCUUAGAUACCAGCAAUGAAAAAAUUAAUGAAUUUAUUGACUACUUAGGACCAAUGUUGGUUCCAGCUGCACUGAAUGAUUUAUUGGAAACGUCAGAUGUAGUUGGAAAUAUACGAUUUAGUCAUCCUACUUUAUAUGUCUUCCCCGGUGGUCAAGGUGAUGCCGCAUUAUUUGGAAUAAAUGGAUUUAAUAUGUUAGUUGACGGUGGGUUUAAUAGAAAAGCUUGUUUUUGGGAUUUUGUACGACAUUUAGAUAGAUUAGAUGCAGUAUUAAUGACCAGGAUUAAUAAUUGUAACAUAGGUGGUAUGAGUGCUGUUAUUGAACGCAAGCAAGGGGAGCAUGUGUAUCCACAAAUUGGUCAUUUUUUUAGCAAUGUACCUGAAAGAAAAGGCAGUUUACCUAGUCCUGACGGUGACAAAGAUAAGGAUCCAUUAAUGAUAGAAUUAAUUGAAAGGGGACAUCACUUGGUUAGUAAUUUAAGAAAUUUAAAUUUGAGGCCCCAAGUUUGUUACCGGGACUCCGAACCAAUUAAUUUGUACCAUAAAGUAGGUCAUGGUACACUGGAUAUGUAUGUAAUUAGCCCAUCAAAAGACUCAAAAGAAGUGAGAGAUUUUUUGCAAAAAUGGCAUACUAAUGAUAGCAAACUUUUUACAUCUAAAGAUUCAAAAGAAUUUAAUUUUCCGCUUCAAAAUUUAGUGUCAAUUUGUGCGAUGCUUGUAUGGCAACCAGCAAAUCCUGAAGAUACAAUCACUAGAAUUCUUUUUCCAGGAAGUACACCAGACUUUAAAAUUAUUGAAGGUCUUGAAAGAAUCAAACAUUUAGAAUUUAUGAAACAUCCUAUAUGUACAGCAAAAAGUUUGGCUCCAGUGAUGCAAACGGCGCCUGCAAGUAAAAGAUAUGUCAAAGCAACUCCAUUAGAAAAAGCGAUUCCCGAGCCAAUCCUUCCGUCCAAGACCGUUAAGCCAAUGCCAACGUCUGAUUAUAAAACUAAAGUCAUUCAACAAGACAAUAAAACCAAAGAAUCUGAAGCGGAAAUAAUUCCAACUACGAUUGAAGAAAAACCGUUGAAGCCAAUAGAGGACCAACCAAUCAAGGAUGGUUUAAAUGGGGAAAUAGAUCAAAAAUCUGAUGAACAAAUUGACGACAACAAACAAGCCGACAUGAAAGAAUCUGAAGAAAUAUCUGACGAAAUAGACAACAAAAUAGCUACUGAAAAGAAAGUGGAAGUUGUCAUUGUUAAGCCGCAGGCACAAGAACAAACCAAAAAAGAAGAAAUAGAAAUAAAGCAAAAGCAAAAAAUGAAAACUGAAAAACCAAGAGCAGAGGUAAAACCGGUUGUAAGAUCUCGAAUAGAUACGAAGCCUCCAAAGUCAAUGGAAAGAAAAAGUCUUAAAAAAGAUAUCUCUAGUGAAAAAAAGUCUUCUCCAACGUCUACCCCUCAAAAAAAAGAAGUAGCCAAAAAGGAUCAUCGUGAAGUAAAAUCUAAAGUUAUGUCAAGAAUCACAAAAUCAAGCCCAAGUGGAACACCCGCAAAAAGUGCUAAAGAUGCUAAUAAUCGAAAAGUUUUAGAAUCUAAGCAGAAAGCGUCCACUAAAACUCAUCGUGAGUUUACAUCCAAAACUUCUGACAAAAGGGAAACUAAAGUUGAACGCAAACCGAUUUCUAGACGCCCCCGUGCAACAUCACCAACGAAGACACCUGGCAGUCCUAUAAAAUCGAUGAAACCAAAAUCAGCAAAAUCUCGAAUCGAAAAAGGAGGUACUACAACCACGGAUUCAAGUCUGGUAUCUACUCCCAGUGCGGAUGAAGUAAUUGGAAGUAAAAAAAUUCAAGAAAUCGAACAGCACGAAAUUGACGCAAUCAAACAACGCGAGUUGGAUGAUCUCAAAGAAGAACAAGAAGUGGUGAGAGAAAUAGAAGCUGUUUUCAAUCGCGAUGAGCAAAAAAAAAAAGAUAUUAAAUUAGACCACAGGGAAGUUUCAAAACAAGAUAGUCAAACGGAAGCUGAGGAGGAAGAAGAAUAUUUAAUUAUAGAAAAAGAAGAAGUAGAACAAUAUACAGAGGAUUCCGUUAACGAUCAAGAAAGUAGUCUUACAAAAGAAGAGGAAAUGCAAAAACACCAAAGAGACUCGCAAGAAUCUGAAAAAAAAAGAAAAACCAGUGCUGAAGAAGAAAUUGAAGCUGCAAUUAAAAAAGCUGAAGCCGAGGAAAAAGGAGAAUUUAAAGAAGAUGAGCAUGAAAAAGAUGAAGAUGAGUCAGGAAAAGAAGGUAAAAUAUAUGAUAAGAAAGUAGAUGAACCUGAUGACGAAAUGCAACCAGACUCCAUAGAGGAAAAAGUAAUUUUAACAUCUCAUGAAAAAACAGAAAUCAAAGCUGAGGUUCAAGAAAUAAUAUCCUCAGCAAAAGAAAUAGUUAAAGCUAAAACAGAAGAAACCGUAAAAACUGAAGAAAUAUCUUCGCCUACACCAGAAGAGAAAAUUAGCUCAGCAAAAAAAACUUCUGAUACAAAGGAUGAAAUUCUUGAAGUACCUGAAGCAAAAGAAAUAAACUUACAAGAAAGUUUGCCAGAAGAAAAAUUCUCAGCUACAAUCGAGUCAGGUGCGACGACCGCACCCACACUACCUGAGGAUGAACGCAUACCCUUGGAUGAAAUUAAAGAAGACUUAGUUAUAGAAGAAAAAUAUGUUAAGGAGGAAACUAAAGAAGUUGAAGUACCAAUUUCUCCACCUAAGCCUACUAUUAUCGAACAUGAAGAUCGAAUUUUACCUACUAAAAUGCAAUUUGACAUGCAAUCAAAUCUUCUUCGAGAUAUUGUUAAAACACCAGAUGAAGUUGCUGAUUUACCAGUUCAUGAAGAAGCCGAAAUUACCUAUGAAGAUGAUGGUAGUGAAAUUAAAAAAAAACCAGAAACAAAAGAUGAGGGGAAAUCGGUUAGCCUUAAGGAAGAAGAAACUAAAGAAGAGAAGGAAGUAGAAGAUGUCGCUGUAGAUGUAGCGAAAACUGGAGAAGAGGACCAAGCAGUAGUAGAAGAUCAACCUGAAAAGCUUGUUGAGGUACAAGAAGUUCAAUUGGAAGUGGAGAAAACUGUUUCAACUCCAGUUGAUGUUGCAGAAGAAAAAGUUGUUCCUGAAGCCAUUGAAGGAGAAGAAAUAGAUGAUUCUCUGGAAGAAAGAAGAACAGUCACUAUUCCGAAAACGGAAAGCUUGCAUUUAGACCUUAAAGAAAUAUCGACUCCAGCAGAAAAUGCGAAAGUUGAUGUUGAAAAAACGGUUUCUUCACCAGUUGAAACAGCUCCUGUGUCUCUAAUUGAUUCUAAGAAUGUAGAAGGCGAAGAAAUUGAUGAUUCAAUCGAUGACAAAUUACAUCCCAUUAUUGAUAAAUCAGAAACUGAAGCAAAAGAAAAGAUAAUACUAGAAGAAAUAAGUGUUCAAAAAGUAGUAGAAAUGCAAGAUAUCAGCGAGAAGGAACCGCUUUCACGUGAAGCAAGUGCAGCUACUUCAGAAGACGAAAUUCCUGAACCGUUAAAAACAACCGAAACGGAAACCAUUUCGCCAAAGGCUGUACUUAUCACAUCUACAGAACCAUCGCACCUUACGCAAGCAGAAUUAAAAGCGCGACGAGAAUCUGCUACAAGUGAAAAACAUUCGCCAGCAAAAGAAUCUUCUCUAAAAUCUCCUUCCAAGGAAGAAGAAGCAAAAGAGGAAGGAAAACGACAUUCUGAAAAAUCCAUCUCGCCACUAAAAGAACAAACAAAGGAGGAAGACAAAUCGCGAAGAGAGUCUGUUGUUAGUGAAAAAUUAUCACCAUCUAAAAAAUCAGAAAUUGUGUCUCCUUCGCCUUCUAAAGAAGAAGAAGCCAAGGAGGAAGAGAAAGCAGAAUCACGUAGAGAAUCUGUUAUCAGUGAAAAGAAAUCGCCUAUAAAAGAACCUUCUGAAAAAUCCGUCUCGCCAUCAAAAGAAGAAACAAAGGAGGAAGAGAAACCAGAGUCGCGAAGAGAGUCCGUUGUUAGUGAAAAGUUAUCACCAGCUAAGAAAUCUGAAGUCGUGUCACCUUCGCCAUCUAAAGGAGAAGAAGAAGAAGCUAAGGAGGAAGAGAAACCAGAAUCACGAAGAGAAUCUGUUGUAAGUGAAAAGAAAUCGCCUAUAAAAGAACCUUCUGAAAAAUCCAUCUCGCCAUCAAAAGAAGAAAUAAAGGAAGAACAGAAACAAGAAUCGCGAAGAGAGUCUGUUCUUAGUGAAAAAUUAUCACCAGCUAAGAAAUCUGACAUCGCGUCUCCUUCACCUUCUAAAGAAGAAGAAGCAAAGGAGGAAGAAAAACCAGAAUCACGUAGAGAAUCUGUUAUUAGCGAAACGAAAUCACCAAUAAAGGAACCUUCUGAAAAAUCCAUCUCGCCAUCAAAAGAAGAAACAAAGGAGGAACAGAAACCAGAAUCUCAAAGAGAAUCUGUUGUUGGUGAAAAAUUAUCACCAGCUCUGAAAUCUGACAUCGUGUCUCCUUCGCCUCCUAAAGCAGAAGAAACAAAGGAGGAAGAGAAACCAGAAUCGCGAAGAGAGUCCGUUGUUAGUGAAAAAUUAUCCCCAGCUAAGAAAUCUGAUGUCGUGUCUCCCUCGCCUUCUAAAGAAGAAGAAGCAAAGGAGGAAGAGAAACCAGAAUCACGAAGAGAAUCUGUUAUUAGUGAAAAGAAAUCACCUAUAAAAGAACCUUCUGAAAAAUCCAUCUCGCCAUCAAAAGAAGAAACAAAGGAGGAAGAGAAAGCAGAUUCGCGAAGAGAGUCCGUUGUUAGUGAAAAAUUAUCACCAGCUAAAAAAUCUGACGUCGUUUCCCCUUCACCUUCUAAAGAAGAAGAAGCAAAGGAGGAAGAGAAACCAGAAUCACGAAGAGAAUCUGUUAUUAGUGAAAAGAAAUCACCUAUAAAAGAACCUUCUGAAAAAUCCAUCUCGCCAUCAAAAGAAGAAACAAAGGAGGAAGAGAAAGCAGAUUCGCGAAGAGAGUCCGUUGUUAGUGAAAAAUUAUCACCAGCUAAAAAAUCUGACGUCGUCUCCCCAUCGCCUUCUAAAGAAGAAGAAGCAAAGGAGGAAGAGAAACCAGAAUCGCGCAGAGAGUCUGUUGUAAGUGAAAAAUUAUCACCAGCAAAGAAAUCUGAUGUCGUGUCUCCCUCGCCUUCUAAAGAAGAAGAAGCAAAGGAGGAAGAGAAACCAGAAUCACGAAGAGAAUCUGUUAUUAGUGAAAAGAAAUCACCUAUAAAAGAACCUUCUGAAAAAUCCAUCUCGCCAUCAAAAGAAGAAACAAAGGAGGAAGAGAAAGCAGAAUCGCGAAGAGAGUCCGUUGUUAGUGAAAAAUUAUCACCAGCUAAAAAAUCUGACGUCGUCUCCCCAUCGCCUUCUAAAGAAGAAGAAGCAAAGGAGGAAGAGAAACCAGAAUCACGAAGAGAAUCUGUUAUUAGUGAAAAGAAAUCACCUAUAAAAGAACCUUCUGAAAAAUCCAUCUCGCCAUCAAAAGAAGAAACAAAGGAGGAAGAGAAAGCAGAAUCGCGAAGAGAGUCCGUUGUUAGUGAAAAAUUAUCACCAUCUAAGAAAUCUGAUGUCGUGUCCCCUUCACCUUCUAAAGAAGAAGAAGCAAAGGAGGAAGAGAAACCAGAAUCACGAAGAGAAUCUGUUAUUAGUGAAAAGAAAUCACCUAUAAAAGAACCUUCUGAAAAAUCCAUCUCGCCAUCAAAAGAAGAAACAAAGGAGGAAGAGAAAGCAGAAUCGCGACGAGAGUCCGUUGUUAGUGAAAAAUUAUCACCAUCUAAAAAAUCAGAAAUUGUAUCUCCUUCGCCUUCUAAAGAAGAAGAAGCAAAGAAGGAAGAGAAAACAGAAUCACGUAGAGAAUCUGUUGCAAGUGAAAAGAAAUCGCCAAUUAAAGAACCUUCUGAAAAAUCCAUCUCGCCAUCUAAAGAAGAAGCAAAGGAGGAAGAGAAACCAGAAUCGCGAAGAGAGUCCGUUGUUAGUGAAAAAUUAUCACCAGCUAAGAAAUCUGACAUCGUGUCUCCUUCGCCUUCUAAAGAAGAAGAAGCAAAGGAGGUAGGGAAAUCAGAAUCACGAAGAGAAUCUGUUAUCAGUGAAACAAAAUCCCAAAUAAAAGAACCUUCUGAAAAAUCCAUUUCUCCAUCAAAAGAAGAAACAAAGGAGGAAGAGAAAGCAGAAUCGCGAAGAGAGUCCGUUGUUAGUGAAAAAUUAUCACCAGCAAAGAAAUCUGACGUCGUGUCUCCUUCGCCUUCUAAAGAAGAAGAAGAAAAGGAGGAAGAGAAACCAGAAUCUCGAAGAGAAUCUGUUAUUAGUGAAAAGAAAUCGCCUAUAAAAGAACCUUCUGAGCAAUCCAUCUCGCCGUCAAAAGAAGAAACAAAGGAGGAAGAGAAACCACAAUCGCGAAGAGAGUCCGUUGUUAGUGAAAAAUUAUCACCAGCUAAGAAAUCUGACGUCGUGUCUCCUUCGCCUUCUAAAGAAGAAGAAGCAAAGGAGGAAGAGAAACCAGAAUCGCGAAGAGAGUCCGUUGUUAGUGAAAAAUUAUCACCAGCUAAAAAAUCUGACGUCGUGUCUCCUUCGCCUUCCAAGGAAGAAGAAGCAAAGGAGGAAGAGAAACCGGAAUCUCGAAGAGAAUCUGUUGUCAGUGAGAAGUUAUCACCAGCUAAAAAAGCUGACGUCGUGUCUGCUUCGCCUUCUCAAGAAGAAGAAGCAAAGGAGGAAGGGAAAUCAGAAUCACGAAAAGAAUCUGUUAUCAGUGAAACAAAAUCGCCAAUAAAAGAACCUUCUGAAAAAUCAAUCUCGCCAACAAAAGAAGAAGCGAAGGAGGAAGAGAAACCAGAAUCGCGGAGACACUCCGUUGUCAGUGAAAAAUUAUCACCAGCAAAGAAAUCUGACGUCGUGUCUCCUUCGCCUUCUAAAGAAGAAGAAACAAAGGAGGAAGAGAAAGCAGAAUCGCGAAGAGAGUCCGUUGUUAGUGAAAAAUUAUCACCAGCUAAGAAAUCUGACGUCGUGUCCCCUUCGCCUUCUAAAGAAGAUGAAGCCAAGCAGGAAGAGAAACCCGAAUCACGAAGAGAAUCUGUUAUUAGUGAAAAGAAAUCGCCUAUAAAAGAACCUUCUGAAAAAUCAAUCUCGCCAACAAAAGAAGAAACGAAGGAGGAAGAGAAACCAGAAUCGCGAAGAGAGUCCGUUGUUAGUGAAAAAUUAUCACCAGCUAAGAAAUCUGACGUCGUGUCUCCUUCGCCUUCUAAAGAAGAAGAAGCAAAGGAGGAAGGGAAAUCAGAAUCACGUAGAGAAUCUGUUGUAAGUGAAAAGAAAUCGCCAAUUAAAGAACCUUCUGAAAAAUCCAUCUCGCCAUCAAAAGAAGAAACAAAGGAGGAAGAGAAACCAGAAUCGCGAAGAGAGUCCGUUGUUAGUGAAAAAUUAUCACCAGCUAAGAAAUCUGACGUCGUGUCCCCUUCGCCUUCUAAAGAAGAUGAAGCCAAGCAGGAAGAGAAACCCGAAUCACGAAGAGAAUCUGUUAUUAGUGAAAAGAAAUCGCCUAUAAAAGAACCUUCUGAAAAAUCAAUCUCGCCAACAAAAGAAGAAACGAAGGAGGAAGAGAAACCAGAAUCGCGAAGAGAGUCCGUUGUUAGUGAAAAAUUAUCACCAGCUAAGAAAUCUGACGUCGUGUCUCCUUCGCCUUCUAAAGAAGAAGAAACAAAGGAGGAAGAGAAACCAGAAUCGCGAAGAGAGUCCGUUGUUAGUGAAAAAUUAUCACCAGCUAAGAAGUCUGACGUCGCGUCUCCUUCGCCUUCUAAAGAAGAAGAACCAAAGGAAGAAGAGAAAACAGAGUCACGAAGAGAAUCUAUUAUUAGUGAAAAGAAAUCGCCUAUAAAAGAACCUUCUGAAAAAUCCAUCUCGCCAUCAAAAGAAGUAACAAAGGAGGAAGAGAAACCAGAAUCGCGAAGAGAGUCCGUUGUUAGUGAAAAAUUAUCACCAGCCAAGAAAUCUGACGUCGUGUCUCCUUCGCCUUCUAAAGAAGAAGAAGCAAAGGAGGAAGGGAAAUCAGAAUCACGUAGAGAAUCUGUUGCAAGUGAAAAGAAAUCGCCAAUAAAAGAACCUUCUGAAAAAUCCAUCUCGCCAUCUAAAGAAGAAGCAAAGGAGGAAGAGAAACCAGAAUCGCGAAGAGAGUCCGCUGUUAGUGAAAAAUUAUCACCAGCUGAGAAAUCGGACGUCGUGUCCCCUUCGCCUUCUAAAGAAGAUGAAGUCAAGGAGGAAGAAAAACCAGAAUCACGAAGAGAAUCUGUUGCAAGUGAAAAGAAAUCGCCAAUAAAAGAACCUUCUGAAAAAUCCAUCUCGCCAUCUAAAGAAGAAGCAAAGGAGGAAGAGAAACCAGAAUCGCGAAGAGAGUCCGCUGUUAGUGAAAAAUUAUCACCAGCUGAGAAAUCGGACGUCGUGUCCCCUUCGCCUUCUAAAGAAGAUGAAGUCAAGGAGGAAGAAAAACCAGAAUCACGAAGAGAAUCUGUUAUUAGUGAAAAGAAAUCGCCUAUAAAAGAACCUUCUGAAAAAUCCAUCUCGCCGUCAAAAGAAGAAACAAAGGAGGAAGAGAAACCAGAAUCGCGAAGAGAGUCCGUUGUUAGUGCAAAAUUAUCACCAGCUAAGAAAUCUGACGUCGUGUCUCCUUCGCCUUCUAAAGAAGAAGAAGCAAAGGAGGAAGGAAAAUCAGAAUCACGUAGAGAAUCUGUUGUAAGUGAAAAGAAAUCGCCAAUUAAAGAACCUUCUGAAAAAUCCAUCUCGCCAUCAAAAGAAGAAACAAAGGAGGAAGAGAAACCAGAAUCGCGAAAAGAGUCCGUUGAUAGUGAAAAAUUAUCACCAGUUAAGAAAUCUGACGUCGUGUCUCCCUCGCCUUCUAAAGAAGAAGAAGCAAAGGAGGAAGGGAAAUCAGAAUCACGUAGAGAAUCUGUUGUAAGUGAAAAGAAAUCGCCUACCAAAGAACCUUCUGAAAAAUCCAUCCCGCCAUCAAAAGAAGAAACGAAGGAGGAAGACAAACCAGAAUCGCGAAGACAGUCAGUUGUUAGUGAAAAAUUAUCACCAGCUAAGAAAUCUGACGUCGUGUCUCCUUCGCCUUCUAAAGAAGAAGAACCAAAGGAGGAAGAGAAACCAGAAUCACGAAGAGAAUCUGUUAUUAGUGAAAAGAAAUCGCCUAUAAAAGAAGCUUCUGAAAAAUCCAUCUCGCUAUCAAAAGAAGAAACAAAGGAGGAAGACAAACCAGAAUCGCGAAGACAGUCCGUUGUUAGUGACAAAAUGUCACCAGCUAAGAAAUCUGACGUCGUGUCUCCUUCGCCUUCUAAAGAAGAAGAACCAAAGGAGGAAGAGAAAACAGAGUCACGAAGAGAAUCUAUUAUUAGUGAAAAGAAAUCGCCUAUAAAAGAACCUUCUGAAAAAUCCAUCUCGCCAUCAAAAGAAAAAACAAAGGAGGAAGAGAAAUCUGAAUCACGAAGAGAGUCCGUUGUUAGUGAAAAAUUAUUACCAACUCAGAAAUCUGACGUCGUGUCUUCUUCGCCUUCUAAAGAAGAAGAAGCAAAGGAGGAAGAGAAACCAGAAUCGCGAAGAGAAUCUGUUGUCAGUGAGAAGCUAUCGUCAGCUAAAAAAUCUGAUGUGGGGUCUCCUUCGCCUUCCAAAGAAGAAGAAGCAAAGGAGGAAGAGAAACCUGAAUCUCGAAGAGAAUCUCUUGUCAGUGAGAAGUUAUCACCAGCUAAAAAAGCUGACGUCGUGUCUCCUUCGCCUUCUAAAGAAGAAGAAGCAAAGGAGGAAGAGAAACCAGAAUCACGAAGAGAAUCUGUUAUUAGCGAAAAGAAAUCGCCAAUUAAGGAACCUUCUGAAAAAUCCAUCUCGCCAUCAAAAGAAGAAACAAAGGAAGAAGAGAAACCAGAAUCUCGAAGAGAAUCUGUUGUCAGUGAGAAGCUCUCGUCAGAUAAAAAGUCUGAUGUGGGGUCUCCUUCGCCUUCCAAGGAAGAGGAAGCAAAGGAGGAAGAGAAACCGGAAUCUCGAAGAGAAUCUGUUGUUAGUGAGAAGUUAUCACCAGCUAAAAAAGCUGACGUCGUGUCUCCUUCGCCUUCUAAGGAAGAAGAAGCAAAGGAGGAAGAGAAACCAGAAUCACGAAGAGAAUCUGUUAUUAGCGAAAAGAAAUCGCCAAUUAAAGAACCUUCUGAAAAAUCCAUCUCGCCAUCAAAAGAAGAAACAAAGGAAGAAGAGAAACCGGAAUCUCGAAGGGAAUCUGUUGUCAGUGAGAAGUUAUCACCAGCUGAAAAAGCUGACGUCGUGCCUCCUUCGCCUUCUAAAGAAGAAGAAGCGAAGGAGGAAGAGAAACUAAAAUCACGAAGAGAAUCUCUUGUAAGUGAAAAGAAAUCGCCAAUUAAAGAACCUUCUGAAAAACCCAUCUCGCCAUCAAAAGAAGAAACAAAGGAGGAAGAGAAACCAGAAUCUCGAAGAGGAUCUGCUGUCAGUGAGAAGCUAUCGGCUGAUAAAAAACCUGAUGUGGGGUCUCCUUCGCCUUCUAAAGAAGAAGAAGAACCUAAGCAAGAAAAGAAACCAGAAUCUCGAAGAGAAUCUGUUGUCAGUGAGAAGUUAUCGCCAGCUAAAAAAUCUGACGUCGUGUCUCCUUCGCCUUCUAAAGAAGAAGGAGCAAAGGAGGAAGAGAAACCAGAAUCGCGAAGAGAAUCUGUUAUUAGCGAAAAGAAAUCGCCAAUUAAAGAACCUUCUGAAAAAUCCAUUUCGCCAUCAAAAGAAGAAACAAAGGAAGAAGAGAAACCGGAAUCUCGAAGGGAAUCUGUUGUCAGUGAGAAGUUAUCACCAGCUGAAAAAGCUGACGUCGUGUCUCCUUCGCCUUCUAAAGAAGAAGAAGCAAAGGAGGAAGAGAAACCAGAAUCACGAAGAGAAUCUGUUGUAAGUGAAAAGAAAUCGCCAAUUAAAGAACCUUCUGAAAAAUCCAUCUCGCCAUCAAAAGAAAAAGCAAAAGAGGAAGAAAAAGCAGAAUCGCGGAGAGAGUCGAUUGUCAGUGAAAAGUUAUCACCAGCUAAAAUAUCUGACAUAGUGUCUACUUCACCUUCCAAAGAACAAGAAGUAAUGGAGGAAGAGAAACCAAAAUCACGCAGAGAAUCUGUGACGAGUGAAAAGUUAUCACCAGCUAAAACAUCUGACGCAAAAUCUCCAACACCCUCCAAAGAGGAAGAAAUAAAGGAAGGUGCAAAACCGGAAUCGCGAAGAGGAUCCGUUACUAGUGAAAAACAAUCUCCAGUAAAAGAACUUUCGGCAAAAUCACCAUCACUCUUAAAAGAAGAAGAAACCAUAGAGGCAGCAAAAUCAGAAUCACAUAGAGAAUCUGUGACAAGUGAAAAGCUAUCACCAGCGAAAAUACCUGAAGCAAAAUCUCCUACCCCUUCCAAAGAAGAGGAAAUAAAAGACAAAGUAAAACCGGAAUCCCGAAAGGAAUCCAUUGCAAGUGAAAAAGCAUCCCCAGCUAAAGAGCCUUCCGCAAAAUCGCCUUCACCUUCAAAAGAAGAAGAAGCCAAAGAGGAACAAAAAUCAGAAUCACGAAGAGAAUCUGUUGUGAGCGAACAGCUAUCACCAGCAAAAACAUCUGACGCAAAAUCUCCAGCGCCCUCCAAAGAGGAAGAAAUAGAGGAAGGUGUAAAACCGGAAUCACAAAGAGAAUCCGUUAUUAGUGAAAAACAGUCUCCAGUAAAAGAACCUUAUGAAAAAUCUCCAUCACCCCCAAAAGAGGAAGAAGCCAAAGAGCAAGCAAAAUCAGAAUCACGAGGAGAAUCUGUUAUGAGUGAACAGCUAUCGCCAGCGAAAAUGUCUGAAUCAAAAUCUCCUACGCCUUCCAAAGAAGGAAAAUUGGAAGAAAAAUCUAAACCGGAAUCACGAAAAGAAUCUAUUGCAAGUGAAAAAGCAUCCCCAACAAAAGAGCCUCCUGCAAAAUCUCCUUCACCUUCAAAAGAAGAAGAAACCAAAGAGGAAGGAGAAUCAGAAUCACGAAGAGAAUCUAUUAUGAGUGAACAGCCAUCACCGGCGAAAAUAUCUGACACAAAAUCUUCUUCGCCUUCCAAAGAAGGAGAAUUGAAGGAUGAAUCUAAACCGGAAUCAAGAAAAGAAUCUAUUGCAAGUGAAAAAACAUCGCCAGCAAAAGAGUCGCCAGCAAAAUCUCCUUCACCUUCAAAAGAAGAAGAAAUCAAAGAAGAAGGAAAAUCACAAUCACGAAAAGAAUCUGUUAUGAGUGAAUCCCCAGCAAAAACAUCUGACGAACAAACUUCUUUGCCUUCCAAAGUAGAAGAAUUGAAAGACGAAUCUAAACCGGAAUCACGAAAAGAAUCCAUUACAAGUGAAAAAGCAUUCCCAACAAAAGAGCAUUCCGCAAAAUCUCCCUCACCUUCAAAAGAAGAAGAAACCAAAGAGGAAGAAAAAUUUGAAUCACGAAGAGAAUCUGUUAUGAGUGAAAAGCUGUCUCCAGCGAAAACGUCUGAGGCUAAAUCUCCUUCACCUUACAAAGAAGGAGAAUUGAAAGAUGAAUCUAAAACAGAAUCACGAAAAGAAUCCAUUGCAAGUGGAAAAGCAUCCCCAAUAAGAGAGUCUUCUGCAAAAUCUCCUUCACCUUCAAAAGAAGAAGAUAGCAAAGAGGACGCAAAACCAGAAUCACGAAGAGAAUCUGUUAUAAGUGAACAACUAUCACCAGCGAAAAUAUCUGACGCAAAAUCUCUUACGCCUUCCAAAGAAGAAGAAAUGAAAGACGAAUCUAAACCGGAAUCACGAAAAGAAUCCAUUGUCAGUGGAAAAGCAUCUCCAGUAAAAGAGCCUUCCGCAAAAUCUCCUUCACCGUCAAAAGAAGAAGAUACCAAAGAAGAUGCAAAAUCAGAAUCACGGAGAGAAUCUGUCAUAAGUGAACAGCUAUCACCAGCGAAAACAUCUGACGCAAAAUCUCCUACGCCUUCCAAAGAAGAAGAAAUGAAAGACGAAUCUAAACCGGAAUCACGAAAAGAAUCCAUUGUCAGUGGAAAAGCAUCUCCAGUAGAAGAGCCUUCCGCAAAAUCUCCUUCACCGUCAAAAGAAGAAGAUACCAAAGAAGAUGCAAAAUCAGAAUCACGGAGAGAAUCUGUCAUGAGUGAACAGCUAUCACCAGCGAAAACAUCUGACGCAAAAUCUCCUACGCCUUCCAAAGGAGGAGAAUUGAAAGAUGAGUCUAAAUCGGAAUCUCGAAGAGAAUCUACUGCAAGUGAAAAAGCAUCCCCAGCAAAAGAGCCUUCCGCAAAAUCUCCUUCACCUUCAAAAGAAGACGAUACCAAAGAGGACGCAAAAUCAGAAUCACGAAGAGAAUCUCUUAUGAGUGAGCAGAUAUCACCAUCGAAAAUAUCUGACGCAAAAUCUCCUACGCCUUCCAAAGAAGAAGAAAUUAAAGAUGAAUCUAAGCCGGAAUCACGAAAAGAAUCUAUUACAAGUGAAAGAGCAUCACCAGCAAAGGAGCCUUCCGCGAAAUCUCCUUCACCUUCAAAAGAAGAAGAAACCAAAGAAGAAGGAAAAUCAGAAUCACGAAGAGAAUCUGUUUUAAGUGAAAAGUUAUCACCAGCAAAAACAUCUGACGCAAAAUCUCCUACGCCUUCCAAAGAAGAGGAAGUAAAAGACGUAGCCAAAACGGAAUCACGAAGAGGAUCUGUUGUUAGUGAAAAACAGUCUCUGGCAAAGGAACCUUCCACAGAGUCGCCAUCACCAUCAAUGGAAGAAAAAACGAAAGCCGAAGAGAAACCAGGAUCCCGAAGGGAAUCUGCUACGAGUGAAAAACUAUCUCCAGCGAAAACGCCUGAAGGGAAGACUCCUUCCCCUUCCAAAGAAGAAGAAACCAAAGAUGAUCCAAAAUCAGAAUCACGAAGAGGAUCUGCUAUAAGUGAAAAGCUUUCACCAGCAAAAACUUCUGGUGUGAAGUCUCCGGCACCUUCCAAGGAGGAAGAAGUUAAAGACGAAGGGAAGCCGGAAUCACGAAAAGAAUCUUCCUCAAAAUCUCCUUCACCAUCAAAAGAAGAAGAAACAAAAGAGGAAGAGAAAACAGUAUCACGAAGAGAAUCUGUUAUCAGUGAGAAGUUUUCAUCCGACGAGAAACCUGACGAAAAGUCUGCUUCCCCUUCAAAAGAAGAGGACACAAAACAAUCAAUUGAGGAGGCAUCUCGUUCAUCGAAAAUAGAUGAUUCAAAAAUCAAAUUAGGCAAAGAAUCAGGCAAGUUACUUGAAGGCCAAUUGAAAGAUGGAGAGGAAGAAAUCGCAGUUUUUUUCGCAGGUGAAGAUCACCAAAUAGUACAAAAAGAAGCAAAAACUUCCAAUAUUGAGUUAGAAUUAGAAUCCAAGGAGCGGAAAAGCACGAGUGUAUCUGGUUUUACAACAGAAUUGCGAGAAACUCACAUAACCACUUUAGAUUCUCCUUUGGCAGAUAAAAGUGUUAAACCUGCAACGGAUUACAAUAUAGUGGUUUACGAAAGGGACGAAACUGUUCUCCAUGAAAUUAAAGAGGAAGAAGAGGAAACUAGGUCUUCACCACAAAGAAAAGCUAGUAGUGAUGAAAUAACAUCUUUAGGCACCACAUCAGAAAUUUGUCAGAUUCAGAGACCAGUUUCCCCUCGAGAGCAGGAAGUUGCCAAAAUAGUAGCCAAUGUUGCAGAAGUUCUCAAGUCAGACAAACCAAUCACGGAAAUAAUUCCUGAUUUUAAUGAGGAAGAACUCGAAAAAAAAUUGUCUCAAACUGUAGUUAAAGAUGACAGUCAAACGGUUCAGAGAAUGUUGGUAACUGCUAGUAGUGAAGAUGGUGGCGAAGAAAUUGAAAUAUGCCCUAAGGGAACAAUUAAAUUUACUCCGAGUGUAACGCCCGAUGUACAUUCUGGAAGAACAUCGCCGGAUAUACUCUGUGAAAAAGAACUUGUUGAAGAAAAAAUGCACGUAGAUUUGUGUUCUAAAAAAUCUUCGCCGGAGGAAGACAGUAAGGCUACAAUUAAGUCUUUGCCUGGAUCAGAUAAAUCUUCCCCUGAAAUGAAAUCUACUUCCUUUUCCAUAGAAGAGAAGGAUAAAUACGAAAUGUCUGAAAAGGGUCAAGCUCUUAUUAUAGAAAAAGAAUUUAAGCCAUCCGAAAAAAUUCUUGAAAAAGAAACGGUUGCAAGUAAAAUGAAAAUAGUGUCCCAUGCGUCAUCACAACCCACUUCAGACGGGGAGGAACAAAGCGAUGAUCAAUCAUCUCCUGUUAAGGAAUCAAGAUCAAAAUCAAUCGCAUCAAUCAUGAUGACUAGUAUAUAUAAGCCAGCUGAAGAAACAAUUAACAAACUAACCUCUCUGUCCGAAAAAAUUUGUGAGACUGAAUUAGAAACUAUCGACGAAAAAUCGAAAACUGUCACAAUAAAAGAAACGACCACAGAAACCACUAGUCAAAUUUCUAUAUCACCAGAAACGGACGUUUGCAGAAAAUUUUCAGAUGAAGAAGUCAAAGCAGACAAAGCUGAAUCAGCAUUAACGUUACUGGAAAUUUCUGACAGAAAAACACCACCAACAGCACCUGUAAGUCCUAACAUAAAAGAUGAGUACACAAUGGACCAUAAACAAAUUUCCGUUUCCCAAUCUGUUUUAACCACUUCAGCCACCAAAACCAUAUCAUCAUCGUCGAUAAAUGCAAAAGAAAUAAAUGAGUUCUCCGAUACUUCAUCGCCUAAAGAUUUAUCAGGAAAAUCUAGUCCCGGUAUGUUAACCUCAGAAAGUCGAUCGAUUCCCACUCCAGUAGAGCGUAGUUCAACUGAAACACCGGAAUCUUCGCCGAAACCUACGUCUCCCUUCCCUAGAGUUAGUAAAGAAGAAUUAAAAAGUUCUUCAAUUAUAAGUACGCCAGAUGUCACUAGAACAUCUACACCUGAUAUAACAGAAAUCAAAAACUUGGAAAAAUCAUCGCUGACAUCAAGUACUGAAAAGAUAAUAACAACUACUAUUACCACAAUUACAAAAAUAAUUUCCUCCGAUGGGAAAGAAACUGUUACAGAAGAAAAGGUAAUUACAACAACAGACACUAGUGACCCAGAAAAGGAAAAAGUGACGGUAACGAAAACCAGAACAACAAGCGAAAAUGAAAAAGCCGAUGAUAUACCGCAGCAACCCGCUCUCCCAACGACAAAAGAAGUUAGCGCUUUAAAAUCUGAAAUGAGAAGCUCAACUCCAGGAAGUGACGAUUUUGACCCACAUGAGAUACAAUCCCCUAGGUCUGACAUAAGUUCGGGACAGGCAUCUCGUGUUACAGAAGAUGAAGAAAUUCCGCAUUCACCAUUUAGCGCAACAUCACAAGCAGCUCAUUCACCAGCUUCAAAGUUUUCUUAUGACUACGAUUUACAGCACUCUAGUUCUGGAAUUAGUAAAAAGUCUGACAUCGAUGUAGAUGAUAGCCAAGAUGAUAUCCCUCCACAAUACGGAAGCGAAGAAUUACACUCGGCUCUUCCAGUAACAAUAGCGCACAAAACAGAUCCAAUGAGUACUUCUUACUACGGUGCACUUCCAGAAACAUUGAGCGAUAUUAAAUCAGAACCAAUAGCAAUUGUAAAAAAAACACAUACAACAUUUUCACAAGCACAUGAAGAAUCAUUUAAACCGUCAGAAGGUGAUAGUAGUAUUGCACAAUCUUCUUGGUUAUCAAAAAAACCCGAUACAAAAUUUUUAGAUGAAGCGGAUUUAGAUUUUGAAAAAGCACUGGAAGAACAUAGGCAAUUACGUGGUGAAGAAGUAAUGUCAUCGGUUACAGCUAAAUAUUCUUACUCACCGUCAAAAGGGGAAGUGGUAUCUGAAUCAACAGAAUCACGAUUUCCAUUAGAAGAUCCACUACAAAAAAUUCAACAAAUUAAAAAACAAUUUCCAUUAGCUGAAGAGACUGCCAAAAUAGAAAGUAAAGAUGAAAAAGCAGUUAGUUCUAGCAGUAGUAGUAGUACUAAAAUAGAAUCUUCAUCUAGUAAAACUACUAGUGAAAAAAGUAUAGAACAAAAAGAAACAGAAGGUAUAAAAGAUCCAGCAAAAGUGUGGGGUAAACCACUAGGGCUUCCAUCGCCAGCACCUGUUACUAGCGAAAAUGAUAUUAGGACAACUCCAAAAAGAGAAAAGCGUUUAAUUUUAAGUAAAACAAAAUUUAAUAAUGAAAAGAAUUUAAGAAAAAGAUCCGAAUCACCAGUAAAAGGAGCAAGAAAAAAUACUCCAAUUUAUAUGGACCUAACUUAUGUACCUCAUAAUGGAAAUUCUUAUUAUUCCCAUGUAGAAUUCUUUAAAAAAGUUCGAGCUAGAUACUAUGUAUUUUCUGGUACAGAACCUAGUCGUCAAGUUUAUGAUGCAUUAUUAGAAGCUAAGCAAACAUGGGAAGAUAAAGAUUUAGAGGUUACUAUAAUUCCAACAUAUGAUACAGAUGUAUUAGGAUAUUGGGUAUCAGAAAAUGAAGAACUUUUAGCUAAAUAUCAUAUAGAUUUAUCGCCAUCAGCUUCAAGAUGUACAAUUAAUUUACAAGAUCAUGAAACAUCAUGUUCAGCCUACCGUUUAGAAUUCUAGGCCACGGGAAUGUUUAUAGCAUUUUCUUCUGACAUUCAUUCCCAAGAAUUUAGUAAUUAAAUUUAAAAUAACCAGAUUUAAAUUGAAAUGACACAAAAAAAAAACAAAGAUAUAAAAAAUUCAGUUCUUAAAAUUUCUAUAAUUUUUAAAAUUGAGUAAAACCAAUAAACUGUACAAAUAUUAAUACAAACGUAUUAGAUAAUAGCUGAUGACAGUUACGGGCAACCAUUUUUAUAUAAUGGUUGAGUAUUUUUAAAUAAUCGUUCUGUCAUUUAUAAAGCUAAUUAUCUAUAUAUUGAAACGUUUGGUUUUCUUUAAAUUCAAAUCGAACACAUAUAAAUUAAAAAUGAAAAAAAUAAAAAAGAAUAUUUCAAAUUAAAUAAAAAUAAGUUUUGAUACAGGUACACAACACUUUUAUUUUCAUAAAUAUUUACUAUAUAUAUAUAUUUUCAGUAUAAUAUUAUCUGAAAAGAUUAAAAACAAAAUUGUUAUACUGAAAAUAUUCAGAGAAAAUGAAAGUUUGGAAACAAACAUAAUGUUCAAAUGUUAAAAACAAAAAUAAUGUUUUAUAAAUGAAAACAAUUAACAAAAUUAAUUUAAAAAACAAAUAUAGUAAAAAUAUUUAAAAAAUAUUAUGUGCCUCUAAAAAUGCAAUUGUCAUGUUUAUUUUCUUAUUUGGAAUUUAUACAUUGUUUUAUUUGUAGAUAAAAUAU